CACUCCCUCGCACCACAAUCGCCUCAUUCACCCCUCCCUGUGCGACACAACCCAUCUCAUUCAAUUGCUGCCGCAGCAAUUGCAUGCGCGGGACCAUGCCAGUGGAACGGCUACGCUAGACCACGCGCUUGCAGAGGUUGCCUCGAGCUCCCUACUCCUCAUCCCCUCGCCUACGCGACAACGCCUCAUCCGAAUACGACCCAGUGCGAUUGCUUGAGCGAUUCCUGUCAACAUGGUCAAAUUCUACUCCUCGAACGACACAUACCAGUACCCCUUCCCCGCCGUCACGCUCGCCUACUUCCUCCGGUACCCAAACCCCUACUCCACGCACGUGCUCACAACAGACACUAUUGCACGGCACUUCGAUCCGGAAACACAGCGCCUAACCACCGUUCGGCUGCAUCUCAAACGCUCCAAGCUCCCCUCUGCCGUCCUCAAGCUACUCCCUCGCUCCCUGCUCGGAGCCUCCUCCGGUGGCGAUACGCAGUCCUUCAUUCUCGAGAAGUCGGUUGUGGACAUCAAGGAAGGAUGGAUGGACACGGAAUCGCGGAACCUUGAAUGGACGGGCGUGCUGUCGGUCGUUGAGCGCCAGGUGUUCCGACGACCCACUCCGGACGUCCCCGAUGAAGUCAAGAUCUGGCAGGGCAUGGAGGGCGCUGCGCGAAGGCACGGCUUCAUCAACUUCACCGGUAUUGGCGCCGGCGCGAAAGUAGAAGACACAGGCGAGACGACCGAAGUCGAGAGCAGCGUGACGCUUCACUCACACAUCGGCGAGAAAUGGAAGAAGCGGAAAGCGGCGGAAGAAGGCGUCUCGGAGGAGGAACACCCACAGAAGAUGGGCUUCCUGCGAAGCUGGGGCACGCAUUCGUUGCAGCGCAGCAUCGAGAAGAUCGGGAUGAGCCGCACGCUGCGCAGCCAGCCGAAUGCGCGGGAGGGCAUGAAAGUCGUGCUGGAGCGGAUGAGGGAGGGCGGUCUAGUUGCUGUGCUGGAGGGCAUGCGACAGGACAGGGAGGCUAUCUUGAAGGGACACCACGCAUUCAAGAAGGGCCGUCACCACGAUGACGAUGAGUAAGCGCGCGAACUGGAUCAAGUUAUGGCGCAGCAGGGAAAAGCACACCCCGAGGUAUCUUAUGGCCUCGAUGCUCUGGUAUGGUAUGGUAUGGUAUGGUAUGGUUUUCAUGAGCGCCGGAGUUCAGGUUCCUCUCCCUACUAUAUACGUCUUCUCUUCUUGCAUCGCUCGCUCCUUUCGUCGGUUGAGCUGGGCAUCUGUUUUACUAUCGUCCCUUCGGCUCUCUUUCCGUUGGAUGGCAGGGAGGCCUUCUGUAUCAUACAUCUCACGGUUCUGUCCAAACGCGUAGGAAUGUAAAAGUUAAUAACUGCCACGCCUA